AUGAACAGACAAGUCUCCAAGAAGUCCUUCAGUGGAGGGAGCCAGGGCUUCUCUGGCCGCUCUGCCGUGGUCUCUGGCAGCAGCAGGAUAAGCUGUGUGGCCCGCUCUCGGGGAGCCAGCGGAGGGGCCUGUGGGUUCCGGAGCGGAGGUGGUGGCUUUGGCAGCCAGAGCCUCUACAACCUGGGUGGCUACAAGAGCAUCUCCAUGAGCGUGGCGGCCGGUGGCUCAAGGGCUGGUGGCUUUGGUGGAGGACGUAGCAUCUGUGGCAGUGGCUUUGGAGGUGGCUACGGAGGUGGCUAUGGAGGUGGCUUUGGUGGUGGCUUUGGGGGUGGUAGAGGAAUUGGAGGUGGCUUUGGAGGAGCUGGUGGCUUUGGAGGAGCUGGUGGCUUUGGUGGCCCUGGUGGCUUUGGUGGUCCUGGUGGUUUUGGCCCAGGUGGCUUCCCAGGUGGAAUCCAGGAAGUGACUAUCAACCAGAGCCUCCUACAGCCCCUCAAUGUGGAGAUUGACCCCCAGAUUGGGCAAGUAAAGGCCCAGGAGCGGGAGCAGAUCAAGACCCUCAACAACAAGUUUGCUUCCUUCAUUGACAAGGUGCGGUUUCUGGAGCAACAGAACAAGGUCCUGGAGACCAAGUGGAGCCUCCUCCAGCAGCAGGGCACAAAUUCAGUCACAGGCCCUAACAACCUCGAACCCCUUUUUGAGAACUACAUCAACUUCCUGCGGAGCCAACUGGACAGUAUUGUUGGGGAGAGAAGCCGCCUGGACACAGAGCUGAGGAACAUGCAGGACGUGGUGGAGGACUUCAAGAAGAAAUAUGAGGAUGAAAUUAAUAAACGUACAGCAGCUGAGAACGAAUUUGUAACCCUGAAGAAGGAUGUGGAUGCUGCUUACAUGAACAAUGUGGAGCUUCAGGCCAAAGUGGAUACCCUGAUAGGUGAAAUCAACUUCCUGAGGACCUUAUAUGAAGCGGAGCUGUCCCAGAUGCAGACUCAGGUGUCUGACACCAACGUGGUCCUCUCCAUGGACAACAACCGCUGUCUGGACCUGGACAGCAUCAUCGCCGAGGUCAAGGCCCAGUAUGAGGACAUCGCCCAGAGGAGCAAGGCCGAGGCUGAGGCCCUGUAUCAGACCAAGUUGGGAGAGCUGCAGACCACGGCUGGCAGGCACGGUGAUGACCUGAGGAGCACCAAGAGCGAGAUCAUGGAGCUCAACAGGAUGAUCCAGAGGCUGCGGACGGAGAUCGAGAACAUCAAGAAGCAGAAUGCCAACCUACAGACAGCCAUUGCAGAUGCUGAGCAGCGUGGGGAGAUGGCCCUCAAGGAUGCCCGGGACAAGCUGAAUGAGCUGGAGGUCGCCCUGCAGAAGGCCAAGGAUGACCUGGCCCGGAUGCUGCGUGACUACCAGGACCUAAUGAACACCAAGCUGGCCCUGGACGUGGAGAUCGCCACCUACCGCAAGCUGCUGGAGGGCGAGGAGUGCAGAAUGUCUGGAGAGUGCCAGAAUGCUGUGAGCAUCUCCGUGGUCAGCAGCAGCAGCACCACCUCUGCCUCGGCAGGUGGUUAUGGAGGCGGAUACGGCGGUGGCUUCGGAGUGGGAGGUGGUGCAGGCAGCGGCUUUGGCCUGGGAGGUGGUAGCGGAUUCGGCUGCGGCAGUGGUUUCGGUGGCGGCAGCGGCUUUGGCUCUGGCUCCGGGGGUCGCUGUGGGAUCAGCAGCGGAGGAUUCAGCAUCGGCAGUAACCGGGGCGGCAGCUCCAGCAGCGUCAAGUUCUCCCAGUCCUCCCAGCGCCGCUAA